AUGAAAAUAGCAACUUUAGUCUUGGUGUUUGGUGUCCUGCUGACUUGCCUGAUAAGGAGCAACAAUGCAAUUGCUUGCGGUGGACUUAUUAUUUGGUUCUGCACAGAUUGCGAUUUGCCAAGUAAUGCGAAUGAUUUUGAUUGCACGACAACAACAUCUACAACAACCUCGACAACUACAACUACAACUACUACAACAACAACACCUACGACAACAACUACAACUACUACGACACCAGCUACAACAACAACAACCACUACACCUGCUCCUGUUAUCAUAAUACGCCGCAGACGCGUACACGGAAAACGCGUAGUUCAAAGGCGUGUGGAAUCCGGCCCAUUGCAAAUAAUCCGCACAUCAAGUAAUAAUCAGUUUCAACGUAGAAAUAAUGGCGGCAAUGCACGUUUAAUCUACGGCUAA